AUGUACGUCAUAGCAAACCAUCCCUUUCAAGAUCCACCGUCGCCGUCGUCGUCGGCGGCGGCGAUUCGUUGGAGUCGAGGGAAAUUGCUGGGCAAAGGAACCUACGGCAAGGUCUACAUCGGAAUUCCAAGAACCCCAAAUUUGCCUCUCAUGGCAGUGAAAUUUACGCCGGAAUACAACGCCAAGUUUCUGAAAUUGGAGCACCGGAUUCUUGCCGAGUUCCGCCUCAACCCAGCAAUCAUACAGUGCUUCGGCGCUCAAAUAACCCAAGAGGACGGCGGACCCAGAAUCUACAACUUGUUGUUGGAAUACGCCCCUUGCGGCUCCCUCUCCGAUUUAAUCGCCGCCGCCGUCGCCGCUCUCCUCCUUCCUCCCACCUCCUCCCGCAAACCUGUUCGAGGUGGGAGGAAGGAGGAAGAAGGGUUAGUGGGGUUGGGUCAUGGGUUGGGUUGGGUUGGUUUUAAUGACGUGGCAGGUUAUAAUGACGUGGCGGGUCAGGUUUUAUUUUUGUUGGGUUAUAUCCGGCUGAUUAGGCAAUUCUGUUUGCCACAUCAGCACUUAACGGACUUCAUUAACGGAGUUGGACGGAGACUAACGACGAGUGACUAA